AUGCGGCUGGCAAGGAAUGAUCCCACUCUUCCGAUGUACAACACCGACGCUCCCAGAGGUCACACUUUUCGUCGAAUAAGAGCCCGAGUUCGGCAUGUAAGUGGUUUUCGGAAAUAAUUUCGCUUUUCUGGCGAAAACAUGGCAAAACGGAAAUGACAAAGAAAAGCGUUUUCUAAACGCACAAAACGUUUUUCAGUGGUUCACGACGCGAAGUGUGGCCAUGAAGUUGUGCAUCAUUUUUUCCGUUCUCAUAUCGGUGCUGGUAUUGGUGAAACUGUGCACAGCAACAAGAACGGAAACGAUACAGGUAAUGACGUCAUGUAUACGCAACCUGUCCCAAUUUUUAUUUUGCAGAAUCAGGAGCCAAUUGUCAUCAAUGAGCAAGUUAUCGGCGGUCAAAAUGACAAACCAGAAGUGCAGAGCGAGAAAGACAACCCACCGGAAGAGACUAAUCACGAUAUAGUCGAUGAGAAAGUACCAGACACAAAAAUCAAGUUCCAAGGUUUAGGUACUUCUUUGCAAAAAUUUAAUUUUCUCUUCAGGACCGACAAACGAUCGACAGAAAGCAGUCGUGAAAGCAUUUCAGCACGCAUGGAAAGGCUACAAAGAUUACGCGUGGGGGCAUGACACUCUGAAACCGAUCAGCAAGGUAAAACUUGAAAACUUUCAGCUGCCAAUCUAACAUUUGCAGUCUUUCAAUGACUGGUUUGACACUGGUCUUACAAUUGUCGAUGGACUGGAUACGGCUAUUAUCAUGGGACUGGAGAAAGGUUUGAGAGUGUGUUGGCCCCAGAGCAAAAGGAACGAAAUAACUUCCAGAAGCUGCCGAAGCCACCGAAUGGAUCAGAGACAAGCUCACUUUCGAGAAGGACCGGAUGGUUAACUUCUUCGAGUGCACCAUCCGAGUGUUGGGAGGAAUGAUGAGCGCUUACCAUCUGACCGGAAACGAAAUGUUCCUCACGAAAUCCCAGGAUUUGGGUGAUCGUCUUAUCGGAGCGUUCAAAUCUCCUUCCGGGAUACCUUACAGUGAUGUCAAUCUACGGAAAAGGUGCGAUACGAUGUGUGUGACGUACGCUGACUGUUUUUUAAUUUUCUUCCAGAACUGGAACAAAUCCGCAAUGGGGAUCCGAUUCCUCACUUGCAGAAGUGACUACUGUGCAGUUGGAAUACAGAGCACUUUCGCGAGCAACUGGCAAAUCUGUCUACGAAGACCUCGCCUUCAAUGUUUCGCGACAUGUCCACAAAAUCGGAUGUGAGGAACAUGAAGGCUUAUGUGGAAUGUUCAUCAGUGCCACGAGCGGGCAAUUCAAAAGUGAGCGUCUCUUUGUUUCUGAGAAUAUUUCAUGUAACUCGCUUAGAAUCGGCAACAAUCACAUUUGGUGCUCGAGCAGACAGCUAUUACGAGUACCUGUACAAACAAUGGAUUCAAACAGGAAAAACUAUCGAUUGGUAGGCAUUUCUUAUUAUUUGGCUGUCAAGUUGAAGUUUCCAGGCUGAAAGAAGACUACGGGAAGGCGAUGAAAGCGAUGGAAAAGUAUCUGUACCGAAACUCAGAGCCGAAGAAGAUGUACUUCAUAGGAGAACUUCUCAGCGGAGAGACCUAUUACCCUAAAAUGGUUUGUAAUUCUAUACAGCUAUUGUGUACGAUGCACUUGUUUUUUCCAGGACCAUCUCGUAUGCUUCAUUGCUGGAACCCUGUCGCAUGGCGCGCAGAACGGAUUCCCCAAGGAGCAUAUGGACAUUGCAGAAAAGAUUGGAGAAACGUGCCACAACAUGUACGACAAUCCGACUGGACUCGGCCCUGAAAUCGCUCAUUUCAAUAUGAUUCCGAGCAAAGAAGACUUGUACAUCAAAGUUCGCUUUCUGAAAAUCAUUCUAUAUUUAUAAUUCGUUUUCAGCCACUCGAUGCGCAUUGUCUGCUGCGACCAGAGGCCAUCGAAGGCUGGUUCUAUUUGUAUAGAAUAACAGGUAAGAGAUAAUUAGAAUGAAUAGACGCCAUUUGUUAUUCCUGACACUGGUCGUUGAUCGUAGCGAGUUUGUUGCAAGAAAAGAAAUAAUCUAGUAGUUAUUCAUAGAAAGACCAUCAACUCACUAUUCAUUCCGACAAUAGUUGCCUACGUUAUCGGUUCCACUCUCACAUUCACCUCAAAGCAUUUUCCAGGGGACAAGAAGUAUCAAGAGUGGGGAUGGUCAGCAUUCCAGGCCAUCGAGAAGUACGCGAGGAUAUCAACCGGAGGAUAUUCGUCAAUUGUGAAUGUAAAAAAGAUCAACGUGAGCUACAGAGAUUCCAUGGAAUCGUUCUUCCUCGGAGAAACGCUCAAGUACCUGUAUCUCCUUCUUGCUGAUGACCAAACCAUUUUGCCACUUGAUGAAUGGGUUUUCACCACUGAGGGUCACCCAUUGCCAGUUUAUGAUCACUAA